AAUCCCAAAUGCUGGAUAAUUUACUUGAUAUUGAAGUUGCUUAUAGUUUACUGAAAGAAGGAACCACAGACAAAAAUCCCAUAGAUGCCAAUUAUAAAAAACUCAAAUGUGAUUUGCAGCCAAUUGAUAAGGACAGUGAAGAAUUCAAGUUAAUAAAGACCUAUGUUUCCAAUAGCAAUGACAGCAAGGGUUAUAUUGAUCUUAAAGUUCUUGAUGCAUUCAAAAUAGAUCGUGAAGGAGAAGGCAAAAUCUUUCAAAAGAAACUUCAUAAUCGUCGUUUGCUGUGGCAUGGAUCACGAGUGACUAACUUUGCUGGUAUACUAUCCCAAGGAUUACGUAUCGCACCACCUGAAGCGCCUGUGUCUGGUUAUCUGUAUGGUAAAGGUAUCUAUUUUGCGGACAUGGUGUCUAAAAGUAUGAUGUAUUGUAGAACCAGCUCAUCAAACAAUAUUGGUUUAAUGAUGCUAUGUGAUGUGGCAUUGGGCAACAUGUAUGAAAUUCCUCAUACUGAGUACAUGGAGAAAGCACCUAAAGGAAAACACAGUACCAAAGGUCUUGGUACCAAAGCACCAGAUCCUAAAGGUGAUAUUAAGAAAGAUGGCUGCACCAUUUCUUGUGGUAAAUAUAAGAAUGUGGGCGGUAAAGCUUACCGAGGCUACAACGAGUUCAUUGUCUAUGACAUAACUCAAGUACAGAUGAAGUAUUUGAUAAAAAUGGACUUUCGUCAUAACUAAUGGAGACGAUUGAGCUGUAAACAUCAGAAUUUUAAUCAACACAUACAGUACAGUGUAGUUCCUAG